CAAACCUUUUCAUACAUCAUCAUUCAUUUCACGAGGACGACUAUAACGUGCAUUGCAAAGUUAUAUUCGUCGUAUUGAUUGAUGCUUGAAGCAUUCAAUUUCAGGUGGUGUGAUUCGCGCGACCACUUGUCGCACCCUCGAAUCCAAGAUGCCUUCCGGCUUCGAAAGGAUCAACUCGAAGAAGUCUCAGCCAAAUGAUCGCAUCGUGUUCAUCAAACCCCUUGAAGGUCCUGAUAAAGAAAUCGCCCAGGAUUUCUUAGAACGAAUUGCGGCGCAAUGUUUGCCUGUUAUGAGAGAACAUCACCUCAUUGUCACAGCCUUGGAAGAAUACGAGCCGAAUAGAGAAUUUGUCGGUCGCAACUUCAACGGUGGUGAAGUUAUACAGUUGGUGUUGAAGUCACAGCUUAAUGGACGAUGGCUUCCAUUCAACUAUGUCCAAAUGGUCAUGAUGCAUGAGUUAGCACAUUGUAAACAGAUGAAUCAUUCCAAGGCUUUUUGGGCUGUCAGAAACAAGUACGCCAAUGAGAUGAAGGUUUUGUGGUCUCGUGGCUACACCGGUGAAGGCUUGUGGGGAAAAGGCAGCGUCUUGGGCACUGGUGACUUGACGAAUACGAUACAGUCUGACGCGGAGUUGCCUGAACAUACAUGCGGAGGAACCUACCGUUCACAACCGAGGAAGCGAAGACCGAAGAAACAAUUGACAUAUCAAGAGAGAAAGGAGCGACGAAUUCUGAAGAAGUUUGGUGCUAAUGGAGUCGUCCUCGGGGCGGACGAUGAUAUCAAAACGGAGCUGGAACAGGGGAAGAAGAACCAAACAAAACCUCGGGUGGCAAAGAGCAAGCGAGGUCGAGAAUUAAGGGCCGCCGCAGCCCUAGCUCGAUUCGACCAACAUAAGAAAGCAGAAGCUACCAAGUCCGAAGAUGCUGAUAUUAAGGAAGAGGAUGACAGCGACUAUGAAACUGCGAGCGAUGACGAAAACGAAGCCGCUGUCGACAUAAACGGCCGGCGUCUUGUGGACAAGAAGGGACACAACUUGAUAAAAGUGUGUGACGAUGAGGACCCCAACGAUGACGAAGCCCAGAACGAGCUUAGGGAGCUCUUCCAGACAACGCUCAAAGUCAAAAUCGAGGAUGAUGGGAAAUCAACGUUGACGGGAAUCCAGUCCAAGACUCAGAAGACAACUUCGCGGCCCUUACUUCGAGCAAAAUCCCAGGCUAAACUUCAGGCGACGCCCCAGAAAUCACAGCCAAUUCUUCGACUGAGUGAGAAAUCAACCGUCCAAACUAAUGUCCCUAUUCAACUUACAGAGGAGGCAAGCAGUGGCACACCAACAGUUAAUGUCACCGAGACCCAGGAUGCAAAACCAGGCAUCUGUACGAUGUGCUCGUUUGAUAAUGGCCCCGACGUUACUAUUUGCGGUGUUUGCUCCCAUGUUAUGGAUUUAGACAAGGUGCCGAAUACUUGGAAGUGCCAGAAUUCAUCUUGUAAAGACACCAUGUAUCUGAAUGCUGGCGAUUCCGGAGCUUGCGGGCUUUGCGGCCAACUCAAAGACGCAAAGUAAAGCCUUGAAGGGUAUACCCCUCAAAUCAACAUCACUUGACAAUAUCCAUCAUAUAUGGAUUUUAUUGGAUCGGCAAUCGUCGAAAUUUCAGGAAGGUGGAGAAUGUUUCUAUCCUAUCUUCCUUGGUCUUUC